CUACGAGAUAGGAACGCCAAUCAGAAAGCAGCACGUACGCGUUUUCGAGAACUACAAAAACGCAUUAUUACUUGACAAGAGCUCGAGUAUGAACGACGCAAGCGGUUAUUGUGUACGGACGAAACGAUAUCAUAGAAGUUUUUUUCUAGCUAAUGUGUGAAAGUUUUAUGAAUAUGCUAUAGUUAAUCCAAGAAACUGAUGCAAGUUUGGAGUGGUAUUUUAUUGUGGUAACAACUGUGACAUAAUGAGUGCACCAAUUAUUAUCACCGUUCCUAAUACUUAUCUGGCGGUGGAUGAUAUGGAGUCCAAAGUCGUGGUUGACGUGGCUCCAAAUCCACCGUCCAGAAAAAGGAGACUGGACCAUCUGACAUGGGAAGAGAAGAUGCAAAGAAAGAAGCUGAAGAACCGUGUAGCCGCUCAGACAUCGAGAGAUCGGAAGAAGGCGAAAAUGGAUGAAAUGGAGGCCAGGAUCAAGCAGUGCAUGGAUAUGAACGAAAGAUUAGUUGGAGAAGUGCAGACGUUGAAAGCAAUGAACGAGCGUUUGCUUAGCGAGAACGCAGCGCUACGCAGCGAAGCCGCGGCGCGGACCGUCGAGGGAGCCCCGAGACCAGCAGAGUCUCAACCUCAGCAGAAGGAGGGGCACCCGACGGCGAUCCGCGCGGCGCGCUUGCUGCUGGCGAUGUGUCUCCUCUCACAGACCUCCUCGCCCACCUCGACUCUCAAGAAUACCUUGACACCCUACACGAACUUGCCGACUCACUUCUCAAAGAAUUUGAUGAAAACACUGCAGCAGAGGCUGAAGAUGUCAAAUUCAGGGGCAAUCGAGUCUGCCCUGAAGGAACUAAAAUGGUGGGGACCACAACAAAGCAACUGGAACCCUGUAAAAGUGGAAUCCUAGACACAUUAAAACACGAUGUUGACAGAAUAUUAGCACAACACUCAUAUGCACAUCCCUACCCUACAGAAACAGUACAAAUCAAGGAAGAUGGCGACAAGGGUGAUAUGUUCUACGCAAGCUAUGAAGCUAACGAUUGUAUAACGAUAGAAGUACCUUGUGAAGACCAAGUCGUGGAAGAUAUGUCAGCGAUAACUGUUGACACAGACUUUAAUACUUUAACGAAUAAUUGUUCGGACAUCACAGUUGAAAGUGACAUGAAAUUAUUGUCUCCAAUGACGUUAUCUCCAAAUUCAAAUGAAGAGAAUCUCCUUGGAGUUUCACCUUCACAUACAAGCAUUAGCUCGGACUUGGGCUAUGAAUCCUUGUCGUCGCCUCUCAGUGAACCAGAAUCAUUGGACUUGUCAGAUUUUUGGUGUGAAUCUUUCUCGGAAUUGUUUCCAGGACUAGCUUAGGAGAAAAUUAUCUAUUUUCUCACCAAAAGACUGACUAGUUAAGAAAGAUUCUUUACAAAUUAUUGGUUUAAGUUUAAAUGUACUUUAAGAUAAAUAAAAGACAAAUUAAGUUAAUGUUUUAAUAUAUUAUAUUUAUGUUAAAGUAAGUUAUAAAGAAUAGAUUGUGAUUAAGUAGUGUCUGCUUAGGGAUGUCUAUGAGUAUUGUAAAUAAUAAAUACUAUCUUGUGAA